AUGUUGCGACAUAUGAAAAGAGAUUGUGUAUCGGAUAAAAACAAAGUUAAACUUCAAUGCUACGUCAGUGUCAGCGUUGGAAUUUGCAAUUAUUGUGACCGUCGCGGAGGCUGGGAUGCAGAAGCAAUCGAACACCCCGCCGCGUUGCAACGGCGCGAAGGAAUGAGUGAAAUAGCCCACGGAAGGCCGCCUCAUGUUUCAGUUGCAACUAUAAUCAACAUUUCGCAGUACAUGUAUAUUCGUACUGCACUACUCACAAGGUUGCUGGAAAUUCUUCGACAGCCCACAGCCGGUUUUUGCCCUUCUUGGGGCUCAUCAGGUAGGCGCAUUCCCCGAGUUUUCGUGCAGUACACUCAGUUGCCUGGAAACAUCACAAAUGAUAGAUUCAGUUGGGUUCCGGGUGGGUCUUCCACAAAACCAAAUUUGUUUGCAAAUGAGCUUGGGCAACCUGGCAGUAUCCCAGCCCUCGUGCUUCCUUCGGGGAGCAUGGCAGCUGGGCACCGGAAGGGUGUUACAACUGGACGAAAGCGGACUGGAGCAUCUGGAUUUCAAAGCAUGAGUAUCAACCCCGAUGCAUAUUGA